AUGGAUACCCAGACACCAAACCCUCGCUUGACCACCGAGUCACUCAGUCUUGCCAACAGCAACUUUUCUACUCCUUCUGUCUCGGCUACCUCAACUCCUACACUAGAAUCCCACGAGUUCGUUGGCGGCUUCGCACAUAAACUCUUGACAAACCCUCUGCCGCCUCUUUCACGAGAGUACCCGAAGCCCACCAACGAGAUCGACGUCAAGGAGGCCCUUGAGCGCCAGCCUGGGAGAUGGAGCAUCCAGGGCCAGAUGAAGGCAAACCAAAUCAGAGCCCAAACCGCUGCACUCCGACCCGAGGACAAGGACCAGAAAGCGAGAGAUUUUGAGGCGGCCAAGCGGGAACUACUAGCGUUCCACGACAGCGCCUUGCAGAAGGGUUCCGGCGCAGGACGAUGA